GCCGCGCCGCGCAGUUUCCAUUGUGCCGCCCUGCGCACGGCUAGGGGGCGAGCGCGCGCAGGCGCUCAGACACACAGACGCACACACAUACACACACACACACACGCACACACGCACACAUGCACACACACACACACCCUCCCUCGCACACACGGAACCGGCUUGGCCCGGAGAGGGAGGAGGAGGGUGACGUAGCGUCCCAUGGCGUCACAUUGACGUCUCGCAUUCCAGGCACUCUAUGGAGAGGCCGCUGGAGCUCCUGUGGCAAUAAAUGACGUGCCGAGAAAGAGAGAGCGCGAGCGAGCGAGCGAGCGCGCAGCCCGGAGAGCCGAGUCUCCAGCCUCCCGCCCCCCACCCGGCCCCCCACCCACCCUGCUCCUCCUGCUCCUCCCGGGCUCCUCGCGCACCGACAGACUCACACCCGCACCCUCACUCACUCGCACAGACCCGCGCGCACCGCCUCUGCGCUCACCCUCCGCCGCGCGCUCGCACCCCGCGCGCCCUGCGCCCUCGUGGGUGCAGCCCCGCUCGCGCAGCCGCCGGACGCCCCUCCCGGGCUGACUUUGCACCGCUGACAGCGCCGGCCCGAGCCGGGGCGGCCGCGGAACCUCUCUCGGCGGAGGUCUCCCAUGAGUCGGACUCGUAGCAUCCCCUGCCAGCCGGGAGCCGCCGCGGGGAGCCGCUGCGCUCGUCCACCGCAGCCCUUUCGGGACAGCAGCUGCGAAUCCCCGCACCGUGCAGUUUUCGGGACAGCUCUUUAGAAACUCGCUCCAAAGACGGAACCGCCACAGCUCUCAACACAGCCCACUGCGGAAGAGUGCAGUCCUGCAAGCUCUGGCCGGAAGCCUGAACCCUCAGCAGAGAGGGACAGCAGCACUGCAGCUUCACCUCUCCAGACAUCCCCACCUUCCACCCUCUCAGCCUCUGCUGGAGAGACCCCCAGCCCCACCAUUCAGCGUGCAAGAUAUCCUCCAGAUAUGCCCUGUGUACAGGCCCAGUAUAGCCCUUCACCUCCAGGUUCCAGUUAUGCAGCCCAGACAUAUGUCUCGGAGUACACCCCGGAGAUCAUGAACCCCGACUACACCAAGCUGACGAUGGACCUCGGCAGCACAGAGAUCACUGCUACAGCAACCACUUCUCUGCCCAGUUUCAGCACCUUCAUGGAGGGCUACCCCAGCAACUACGAGCCCAAGCCCUCCUGCCUGUACCAAAUGCAGCCUCGGCCCUUGAUCAAGAUAGAGGAGGGGCGUGCUCACAGCUACCACCACCACCACCACCACCACCACCCUCACCCUCACCACCACCAGCAGCCACCGCCACAGGCGCAGCCGCAGCCCCAGCCGCAGCCGCAGCCGCAGCAGCAGCCGUCCAUCCCGCCCCCCUCCGGCCAGGAAGACGAGGUGCUCCCCAGCACCUCCAUGUACUUCAAGCAGUCCCCUCCGUCCACCCCCACCACGCCCGGCUUCCCCCCACAGGCGGGGGCGCUGUGGGACGACGCGCUGCCCAGGGCGCAGGGCUGCAUCGCGGCCAGCCCGCUGCUGGACCCGCCGAUGAAGGCGGUGCCCACGGUGGCCGGGGCGCGCUUCCCGCUCUUCCACUUCAAGCCCUCGCCGCCCCACCCGCCCGCGCCGGGCCAGGCCGGCGGCCACCACCUGAGCUACGACCCGACGGCCCCGGGUGCGCUCAGCCUGCCGCUGGGGGCCGCGGCCGCAGCCGCAGCCGCAGCCGCAGCAGCCGCGGCCGCCGCGGGUAACCAGACGGCCGCGCUCGAGGGCCACCCGUACGCGCUCCCCAUGGCCAAGCGCGCCGGCGCGCUGCCCUUCCCGCCGCUGGGGCUCGCCGCCUCGCCCACCGCCGCCGGCCUGCUCGCCGAGAGUCCCAGCCUGCCGUCGCCGCCCAACCGGAGCUCGUCGUCGGGCGAGGGCACGUGCGCCGUGUGCGGGGACAAUGCGGCCUGCCAGCACUACGGGGUGCGCACCUGCGAGGGCUGCAAGGGCUUCUUCAAGAGAACAGUGCAGAAAAAUGCAAAAUAUGUUUGCCUGGCAAAUAAAAACUGUCCUGUAGACAAGAGACGUCGAAACCGAUGUCAGUACUGUCGAUUUCAGAAGUGUCUCAGUGUCGGAAUGGUUAAAGAAGUUGUCCGUACGGAUAGUCUAAAAGGAAGGAGAGGUCGGCUGCCUUCCAAACCAAAGAGCCCUUUACAACAGGAAGCUUCCCAGCCCUCUCCACCUUCUCCUCCGAUCUGUAUGAUGAACGCCCUUGUUCGAGCUUUAACAGACUCAACACCCAGAGAUCUUGACUAUUCCAGAUACUGUCCUACUGACCAGGCCGCCGUGGGUACAGAUGCUGAACAUGUGCAACAGUUCUACAACCUCCUGACAGCCUCCAUUGAUGUAUCCAGAAGCUGGGCAGAAAAGAUUCCUGGAUUCACUGAUCUCCCCAAAGAAGAUCAGACAUUGCUUAUAGAAUCAGCCUUUUUGGAGCUGUUUGUUCUCAGACUGUCCAUCAGGUCGAACACUGCGGAAGAUAAGUUUGUGUUCUGCAAUGGACUUGUCCUGCAUCGACUUCAGUGCCUUCGUGGAUUUGGGGAGUGGCUGGACUCCAUUAAAGACUUUUCCUUAAGUUUGCAGAGACUGAACCUUGAUAUCCAAGCCUUAGCAUGUCUGUCAGCACUGAGCAUGAUCACAGAAAGACAUGGGUUGAAAGAACCAAAGAGAGUGGAAGAGCUAUGCAGUAAGAUCACAAGCAGCUUGAAAGACCACCAGGGUAAGGGACAGGCUCUGGAACCCACUGAGCCCAAGGUCCUGGGUGCCUUGGUGGAACUGCGUAAGAUCUGCACCCUGGGCCUCCAGCGUAUCUUCUAUCUGAAGCUGGAAGAUCUGGUGUCUCCACCAACCAUCAUUGACAGGCUCUUCCUAGACACCCUCCCUUUCUGAGCUCGGAGCCGGGAGCCGCCUCGCUUGUCAGGACCUGCUUGCUAGACAGCCCAGAAAUGGGCCUGGGUAUCUGAUCAUUUUCUCUUCUUGAAAAAAGAAGCAGCAGCUCCCCUAGAAAAGAAAGAUUUUUUUUUCCUGGUACUUUUCCUUACAACCUGAAGCCAGAAAACUUGCAAAGUAUUGUGCUGGGGUUGUGUUUUAUAUUUAGGCUUUGGGGCUGGGGCGGGGAGGGGGUGGGGUUGACUUCUUGAGGGUUUUCUAAGAAAUUGCUAACAAAGCACUUUUGGACGAUGCUAGCCCGGGAGAGGGGGAUAUAAAAGAGGACAAUGUAACUGUUCUAAAACUCUUCCCGGGGACUACAAUUAUAGUUGGUUUGUAUUUAAAAAAAAAGAAAAGAAAAGAAAAGAAAAGAAAAAGAGAGAGAGAGAGAAAGAAAAGAAAAGAAAAGAAAAGAAAAGAGAAGAGAAGAGAGGAGAAGAGAAAAGAAAAGAAAAGAAAAGAAAAGAAAAGAAAAGAAAAGAAAAGAAAAGAAAAGAAAAGAAAAGAAAAGAAAAGAAAAGGAAAGAACACAAGAACAGCCAAGAGUUGUUCACCAGGGUCAGAUGUGUCUUGAGACUGAUCCCUUUGGAAUACACUUCCUGUAUCAAGGGUCUGUCUGUGGUGCAAACAAGGCAGAAAUUCCCUCUUCUAAAUUUCUCUCUUCCUUUAUUUUACUUUGUCACAUGGUGAAAGAUGAAGGAUUGUCUAUACAUUAAACAUAACAAAAUGAUAAUGGCUGUUUGCUUCCAUAUACAAGUGCAAUUUUUAAAGUGCUGUCUUACUAAGUCUUGUUUUAUUAACUCUCCUUAUUUUAUAUGGAAAUAAAAAGGAGGCAGUGACAUCAGUAACUGACACAUAGUCAUUUCUGUAGCAGAGGCUUUGUCUACCUGCCCUGACUGUCCUGACUGUCCAAUUGACCUUAACAAAAAACAAAACAAAACAAAACAAAACAAACAAACAAACAAAAGGCUCAGAUUGUAAAAUGAACUGCGUACCGACAUUUGGGUUGCUUUCUGUCAGCCCAGCCACAAUUCCCUAAACCUGCUUCAGUUACAACAGUCGACUGACACAUUCACGCAGCAGCUCCAGGAAUGUUUAGUGCGUCUCGAGUGUUUGAACCUUAGAUGGGAACAUAUAAAUGAGGAGGAACUGGAUCACACAGGGUAAGCACCAAGGAAAACAAGGUUCUUGAAGUAUGCAUAAUUUAAUUUUGUUAUUCAUUAAAGAAACAACUAUUCUGGAGAGCAAGCAAGUCUUAGUUUAAAAAAAAAAGAAUAUAAAUUGGAGUGCCAGGAAGGCUUAGUGGGCUGCUUUAGACAUUCUGAGUUCGUACUCCCUUUUGUAUGUUUAUACUGUUAAUGCCAUAUUAUUAUGAGAUAAUUUGUUGCAUAGUGUCCUUAUUUGUACAAACAUUUGUAUGCACGUUAUAUUGUAAUAGCUUUGCCUGUAUUUAUUACAAGACCACGAGCUUCUGGAAGCUGAGUUACAGAGAACUUAAAUGGGGUGUUCACAGUGACUGGGAUACACCAACUAGAAACUAAAUAAGCAAAUAUAUAUAUAUAUAUAUAUAUAAAUAUAGAAGGUUACAUAUAUAUUUAUAAUGUGUCUUUUUAUUAGCCAUUUGUACAAUAAAUGUUAUUUCUCAUGCAGUUAUUUUACGGUUCAUUUGCAGUGACUUUUAAGGCAGUACUGUUUAGCACUUUGAUAUUAAAAUUUUGCUUAUGUUUUGCUAAAUUCGAAUAAUGUUUGAAAAUUUUUAGGUCUAAAAGUCUCUAUAUUAUAUACUCUGUGUCAAGUCAAAAUAUCUUUGGCCAUUUUGCUAAGAAACAAUUUUGAAUGUCGAACUGAUGUCACAGUAGUUUUUGUUAGCUUUAAGUCAUUUUUGCUUUAGACUUUUUAAAGGAAAAAUAAGAAAACUAUGCUGUUUAUAUUGUCAUUAAAUUAUACAAUCAAACAAAUGCCAAAUGAAUUGCCUGAUUGCUGCAAAGGAUAACCCAGAUAGCAAAUUAUGUUUCUUCCCCCCCCCCAAGAGUCAUUCUGAUAUUUGAUCAUGUUUUAUGUUUAUAUGAGCUUUUACGAAAGAUAAUUAUUUUUAUAUCAAGAUGAUAGGACCUGGGAUAUUAGGAUCAUGAAAUACUAGCCUUGGAAUAAACCUGAAUUACUGUCAGCUAGUCCAACAGUCGAAAUUCAAAGAGAAAACUGGCACCCCAGUGAUUAUGUAAUGUCAAAUAGCUAGUAAAGGAAUCAAAAUUAAGGUCAACUUCCUCUUUCCAUAGUCUUUACUCACUGCAUCUAUUCAAAACGGGCUUUUAGACUUAGCCACAAAUACCUACAUUAUACCUGGCCAUAACCACGAGUAAAGUAGUACUUUUGCAUUAAUGCUUGCGCUUAUAUGCAAACAUAAUAAACAUUAGAGACCAGGAAAGCUAACAUUUCAUACAAAAUAGCCAUAGACCAAAUUCAAUUUGAAUUUGAAUAAAUCAGAGAUACUGUGCAUACAUAACCCUUUUGGGCACUGUUAGUAUUGGAAAGUUAAGCCUUGUGUUUCUCAUCAAGGAAGGAAGGCAGGAAGGAAGAAAGAAAAUAAAACUCUAGAGAAAUGCUGUUCUUUUCUACACCCAUCUAAAUCUAAGGAAAUCUAAGGACUUUUUAGCCGUGACAGCAAUUGGUUGAAAGGAAUUGAAAGAAAUUAAAAAAAAAAAAAAAAGAAAGGCUUUUGUUUAUAGAUCCAGACACUAGUUCAGGCGGGGGGUAUAGCCAGUGUUCUUCUGUCUUCCAUAGUUAUCUGCAACUCUCAGAGCCUCCCAAGUAUCUACCGAUUCACUUCUGUUAUUCUGUCUUAAUGUUGACACACCAGUUUAUGUAGAAUGGAUGACCAAACUAACUCAGAAGAGGACAGCAAGCAUUAUGAAAGCAGGUGAUUCUUCCCUGGUGGGAGAGCUCUCUCAGUGUGAACAUGCCUUCUGGAGGCAGAAAUCAGGAAUCCACCAGCUGUUAAUGGAGAGUGCCUUGCUUUUAUUUCAGACAGCAGAGUUUGCUAAAGUUUCUCUGCUCCUCUGACAGCAUUGCUCUUUAGUGUGUGUUAACCUGUACUUUGAAAGAAAUGCUCUUGUACAUUAACCGUGUAAAUUUAAAUGAUUAAAUUACAUUUUAUCAAUGGCUA